AUGAUCCUGGAGCUCCUCCCCCCUCCAGCCCUAGUGUGUCUCCUCCUAACAUGCCGCGGUCUCUACCACCACAAAGUCUACAACGCCACCAUCCGAAACCUCCGCCCCCAAUUCAAAUUCACCUCCGACAUAGUGAAUAACAACCAGAAGAGAGGCUAUGAUCGGCCCACGAUCUACCGCAAGGCCCUCCUCCGCCAACUCCAAGACGAUCGCUGGGCCUACUGCUUCGCAUGCUUCAAGCUCCAUCCGCGGAGCGAAUUCGACAGCCACAGCUGCCACCGCCGAUGGGCCCCUAUUCUCCCGCCCGCGACCAGCGCCGUGUGCGCCGCGCAGGCGGGCAUCGUCGACCUCUGCCCCUGCAUCAGCCUCACCGCGCGCCACCAGAUGCGGAUCGCCCGCUACCUGGCGAAGGAUGAGUCCGACCCUCGAGACAACCGCCAGUAUCCCGCCAUCGACGCGGACCCCCGCUUCCGGGUCAUCAAGACCGGGCCCACCACCCGCGGCCUCGUCCACGACUGCGUCAUCCCCCCCCGGCUGGCGGGGUGA